GUACGUUUUACCGAUCCUUAAAUCGCGAAAUUCAUCAAUUCAAAACAAACGUGUAAAACGUUAGGUGAAUGAAGGACAACGGAAGGAGAUUGAAACGUCGGAAAACGAUCGUAGAAGAAAGAGUAUUCGAAUGUGUUUCGUCGGUGACAUGAUCGGACAAGUUGCAAGAUCGUCUUACGAAAGAAGACUGUUAAAGAUCUAGUGAUGCAGUGACGUUGACGAACGGAACGAGAGAGAGAGAGAGAGAGAGAGAGAGAGAGAGAAAGAUGAGAACGAAAGCGAAUCUAGUCGCGUUUUUGUUGUUGGCAAUCUUUUGUUACAUCGUUCGUGCAUCACAAAACGUUGAGACGAUUGAAUCGUCGAAUGAAGAAACAAACGAACAGAGAAAAGAACGCUCUGGGUUGCGUAUUCUAGAUGCUACUAAGAUUAUUAAAGCUAACAACAAAAUUGACACGCAUGAUACCUUUCUUAUAAAUCGUCUCAAUCAGGAACAUUCGAAAAAGGAUCAAAAGCAUAAUGCUAAUACGAAAACGGUUAAUGGGAAGAUUAACAACGAGCUACGAGGUCGACCAAAAAAAAAGAAACGUCGCAGAAUACAAAGAGCCUUAAUGGCACUGUUGUUGGCGUACAAACUGAAGUUUAUAGCUUUGAUACCAACGAUAUUAGGUGGUUUGAUCUUAUUGAUCGGUAAGGCACUACUCACGGGAUUCUUCUUCUCUAUUUUCGCUGCUGUCUUGAGUCUGAAGUCCCACUAGAAUCUACGUAUUCAUCGUUUCUACGUGCUUCAUCGGUGAUAGAAUGAAAACAUCGUCAAAACCUGUUUAAAAAUGUCCUGUGCUCAUGGAAGUAAGAAAAA